UGUCUAUGCAAUCAAAUUGUUGAUUCUAUUGUUUCACAGUUAAUUCUUCAUCAAUGGCGGCAGGAGUCCCAUUCCCGAACUACUACACCAAAACCCAACGCAUCGUCUUCUUAAUAGACUUAAACCCACUUCUCCUUCUCCAGGAUCCAAAUCCUUACCUCAAAUCCCUCAUUUCUUCCUCCAAAAACACUCCUCUCUUUCCCUCCUCUUUCCUCUUCUCUCUUCUCUUUCAAACCCUUCUUUUCCUCUCUCUCCCCUCUCCUUUCCUCCUCUAAGCUCCCGUUUCCUUCCCUUUCUCUCUCAUUCAACCGCCCGGAUUCCACCUUCGACUCCCUCAUCGAUUUCCUCACUUCUAUCCCCACCACAAUUGACGGAGCUUCCUUUCCUUUGUGCCCUUCUCGGGCUUCGAAUAUCGCCGCCUCCUUGCGCCAGCCCGUUCAUGACUACGUCUGGGACCCGCUGAUCGCCGAUCCGGUGGCCGGUGCGCUUUCUGAAUCUGAUGAGUUCCUUUUGAUUAGGUCUAAUUUGGUGGUUCUGUUGUCUCUGGUUUAUAGGGAGUUGAAUUGGCUACGUGAAUUCUUCGAUGUGGGAAUAGGUAAUGAAUGUUUGAAUGAUUUGGGUGGUUUUGUCAAAGAGUUUUGUGGGGUUUGGUUUUUUGGAGAGUGAGAUUAGGAGUUUAGGGUGGGGAUUUCUUUCUUCGGAUUCUAUUGUUUUGGGUUCUGCUGUUGUUCCUUUUGGUUUGAUUUAUCCUAAUAUUGCUUUUUCGUCAAGCAUUUUUCAUGCCGACGCAUCUGGUAGAAGGAAUGCGCAAUUAAGUCUUGAGAUAUUAGAUGCCAAUGGGAAGCCAUUAGAAUGUAAGUGCUGUGAGCUUGAGUUUGUUGAUUUCGAAAACUGUUCGUGUAAUCAACAAUCGAGAGCUGAUAACCAUAGGAAUAGCUCCUUGUUGGAUCAGUGGUUGGAUGGAGUAACGAAAGUACAUGUUAGAGCGCUGAGGAGGUAUGUUGAGUGUGUGAAAUUAGAGGGUCGCUUAUUGAAUCCGAUCAUCGUUUGUGAAUCCUUGAGAAAAUCUAGGAAAGUUAUAAAAAAUGAUUUGGGUGAGUUUUAUGCUGAUAGAGUUCUUCAAAUACUUGCAAGGGAUAUGGGUGAAUCAUUGGUGAGAAAACCUGUUGUGAUUUGGCAAAUCUUCUUGAGUUUUCUUUAUAGGGAAGGUUACUGGGCAUUGGUAUCUCUUUCAGAUGGUGAUUCCAGUUUACAUGGCGGAAUCCUUAAGCCAUUCACUGUUUUUUCAGCUAUGCUUUAUAUAAUUGGCGAUGAGUUCUGCCCCUACAAGAAGUUUGUAGAAUAUGGUAAGGUGGAUUCAGCUGCAUAUGUUGCAAAAGGAGAUGAUAAAACUUGCAAGCUUCAUGUUGAUUCAAACAAUGCUAUCGGGUUUUCCGAUUCUCAAUUUCAGUCCUCACUUUCCCACAAGUUUUCUGCAAAAAGGAAGAAGGACAAAAAGAAGUUGCCCUUGCCUGAUGUCCUUACUUGGAGCGCCUUCUGUGAAGCAGCAGCUGAACAUUUGGAAAUGGAUUUAGAAGCAAGUUACUUUUUUAGGAACCGUAACUCGAAGUUAUUAAAAUUUCUGAAAUGCUGGAUGAAGCAGGUUCAAAAACGUAGUCCGAUGAGCUUUGAGAUACCAGAUACUGCCAUGCCAGAUCGGGAUGCUACAGAAGGAACCAAUCAUAGACCAAUUGAGAUGCCUCAAGAUAGUGAACAAAUGGCAUCUUAUUCCGCGUCGUCUGGAGAAGGUUUCUCAAGAGAGUUAGAUGAAGCUGGUAAUGAUUUUUGUUCAGGAUCUUCGGAAAAUUUCUUCAGUAGUCUCCCUAAUAAAAUUAAACAAGGGCUAGAAUCUGGAGAAGUGGAAUUAGGGUCAUUUGCAGAACGGCUUGUACGUUCAUCUAUUUAUUGGUUGUGUCAAAAACAUGAGACGACAGUGGUUUCUGAAAGUCAAAGUCAAACCUCUCUGGUGAACACUAGUGAUGCUUGUGCUAGCAAAGUUGUUGUUGAACUAAUUGGACUUCUAUUGAGGGAGCCUAAGGACUUGGCUGCUAUGCACAAAAGGAAGGAUCCAUCUUCUCAGGCAUUGGAUUCAAGGUCUACUGGAUCUGCUUCAGCUAGUGUAGUUAGAGAAAAUGAAUUGCAGAUUUUCUUCCGAAUGGAGAUUCUUCAGUCGGAACUUGGUGCAAUUCUCCAGGAACCUAUGAAGCAGAAAUUUGUAAAACAAAUUUGCUCGCUAUUGGAGUCUAUUCAGUGCCAUCUUGAGGGCGGUUUUUUCGGCGAUUGGAGGCUUGACAAGUAUGUGGAGAAAAUCAUAAAGAGCAGGUAUUACCUCUCGAUUGGAGAUGUUGUCAAUCGAAUCUAUAUGAAGAUGGAUCUGUUGCUGUUUGAUGAUGAGGAUGAAUUGCCUAAUCAUGUACUAAACAGCGAGGACAGUAACCGAUCCUGGAAAGAGAAACCUGAGGAAGAUGUACAUUCCAGAAGUCAUGAACCAGUUUCAAUAGAAGAGGAGUGCCCCCAACUGCAGAAACACGAUAACAAAAGAAGUCCCCUAGUAAUGAGGACCGAGGAGCAUGAACUGAAACUGAUUCAGGCUGAGGAGAGGAGGGAGAGGGCACGACGCUUCUCAUCUUUCACGAGUUGGAAGCCAGAUUUGCAGAGAGUUUGGGCUCCAAAGCAGCUGAAUGCAAUGAAACGCAAGUCCGAUAAUCUUCGAAAACUAUCAAAAAGGAAAAAAUGUUGCAAGGCAAGCUAUGACACGGUAUGUGAGACUCCAAUGACAGAAAAGAAGCGGUCAAGCCCCUACAAGAACGCCAUUGAUGAUGAAGAAGAUCAUAGAGAUAGCAGACCUCACUCUGACGGUCCUGUCUCAAAGGUGUUAUUCCAAGAUGAAAUGUAAUAAGAAUUAUGGUUUCCUUCCAGCAGCUUACAUAAUACGGCGAAGGAUGCUGAGCCCCUCGAAAGGAAGCCACUUGCUGCCAUGAAUACACUAUUUAUUUAACAUUGCAUAAUUUAACCAGACCGGUUUAAUCUUAAUCACUCUCUGAUUGUUUGUGAAGUAG